UAGCUUAAGUUCCUCUAUGCAUGCUUGCGGAUUAUUCCUUGCGUGGAAAGCUCUACGAUCUCCGCGUGACUUGUAAUGGUUUUUGAGGAAGAAGCUCAGUCGAGAUUCCCGUUCCAAUGGAGACAAAGGCUCGCAAUCUCACAACUACCUCUCUCUUUUCUCGAUUUUGAUGUUUCCAGAGGCUACUCGUCGCGUCCAGGUGCUAGCUAAAUCGUGAGCAGUCACAAACGAACAUCAAGAUAAGAGGCCAUUAAGACUCUGCUCCGUGAUUCCGUGGGGCCUUUGUAUCGCCCACAAGAAAUUCCUGAUGCCAAACUUUGGAAAACAUAAGUAUAGGCUCGAUUCGAUCAAACAAAAAGGUCCACGCCAUUGAUCUCAGUGCGAGAGCGAUACUUUAAAAUAUACGUUUUGAUCGAACAGAGCUCCCUCUUAUCUUAAGAUCAGGGCGACCGGAAUCCAAAGUAUUCGCGGGGGGAAUAUUUCUUUUCUCUCUCCGUCCGUACUAUCAUGAAACCCGUGACCCACAGGGAGGUUUGAAAAUUACAGGGGGUAACAGUUGACAGACAGUGUUGCCAGCGGACAAUGAUAUUUACACAAAUCAUUGAUAAUUUUUUUUCACCUUGGGGGAAAAGAAACCGGCGGCGGUGGUACGGUAUGACAUGACAAGCGUUGACGUGGCCAGAAAUUCGCCCGAAGAACAAACAAGGUCUACCCUGGCGUUAUACUCUGAGAGGGAACAAAAGAGCAAGAAAGAAACGGCUAUAGAAGAGAGGGAUGAAUGAUCGAAGAAUGCGUGUCUCUUCCGGGCAAGAUUCUUGUCCAUGGCGAUGGCGCUCGCGCUGAUUUGUUAUCUUCCCUUCUUCUGGAUGAUUGAUCGCGGCCCAGUCGCAGACGCAACGACGAGCUAGGCGGUGACGCUUCUGGAUCAUCGCAUUCCUGUGGAAAGCGAUCGGCCGAUUCCAUUUAUUUCGAGCUCCUCCUCGGCGCAGCGCUCGGAUUAUCGAUGUCGGCAGCGCCCCGGGCGAUCAUCCAGGUCUAUUCUCUCGUUCUUUCCCUCUUCCUGGUAGCGGCAGUGGAUGAAUCCGCCGUAGCGGCUCACGGAUCAUCCUCCCAGACGUGGUGCAAGGCCGAGGAAGAGGCGGCGCUCUUGGAUUUCCGGCGCUCUUUCGCGUCCCAGCCCGGCGAGGUCUUCGAUUCUUGGAUCCUCUCCAGGACGUGCUGCGCGUGGCGAGGGAUCCAAUGCAGCUCUACCAAGGACGACGAUGAUUCGCGGCGCUUCACGGCUCUCAGCGAUGGCUACCGGGUUCGUGUUCUUUCCCUCCCAGGGCUCAAGCUCGCGGGCGAGAUCCCGCCGUCCAUCGCCAGACUCCGGGCGCUCGAGGCCGUCGAUCUCUCCGCCAACCAGAUCUCCGGCUCGAUUCCUGCCCAGCUCGUCUCCCUCGCCCACCUCAAGCUCCUCGAUCUCAGCGCCAACAAUCUCUCGGGCGCUCUCCCGCCGGCCUUCCGCCAGGGAUUUCCAGCGAUCGUCCGCCUUAAUCUCUCGGACAACCUCCUCGAGGGCCCGAUCCCGCCGAUGCUGUCCUCGGCAUCGAUCGAGUCGCUCGACCUGAGCUACAAUUUCUUCGCCGGCGCGCUGCCCAGCCCGAUGAUCUGCGCUCCAUCCCUCAACGUCUCCAACAACGAGCUCUCGGGCCCCGUCCUCGCCGCGCUCGCGCACUGCCCAUCGAUCCAGUCGAUCAACGCCGCCGCAAACAUGCUCAAUCGCUCGCUGGCAGCGGCGCCCGAGGUGGAUUUCUUCGCGAGCCCGGCCGCCAGGAGCAUCAAGCUCCUGGAUCUCUCCACCAACGCCAUCCCGGGCGGCAUUCCUGCGGCGAUCGGCCGCCUCGCGGCGCUGGAGGAGCUCUUCCUCGGCUACAACAGCCUCGGCGGCGAGAUCCCCAGCUCCAUCUCCAACAUCUCGGCGCUGAGGAUCCUGAGCCUCCGCAACAACGAUCUGGGCGGCGAGAUGGCGGCGCUCGACUUCUCCCGCCUGCCAAACCUCACGGAGCUGGACCUUUCGUACAACCGCAUCUCGGGGAACAUUCCGUCGGGAAUAUCCCAGUGCCGCCACCUGACGUCGCUGACGCUGGGCAAGAACGAGCUGCGCGGGGAUAUUCCGUCGUCACUUGGCGCGCUUCGCAAGCUCGAGACGCUCUCUCUCUCCGGGAACGAGCUCGGCGGUGGAAUCCCGGCCGAGCUCCAGGAAUGCGAGGCGCUCGUCAUGCUGGUGCUCUCUAAGAACAGCUUCACGGAGCCUCUGCCCGAUCGGAACGUCACGGGGUUUCGCAAUCUCCAGCUCCUGGCGAUCGGGAAUGCCGGGCUCUCGGGAUCCAUCCCGGCGUGGAUUGGCAACUGCAGCAAGCUCCAGGUGCUGGAUCUCAGCUGGAACAGGCUCGUCGGCGAGAUCCCCCGGUGGAUUGGAGCUCUGGAUCACCUCUUCUACCUGGAUCUCUCCAACAAUUCCUUCACUGGGUCGAUACCCCCGGACAUCCUCGGCAUCCGGUGCCUGAUCGAGGACGAGGACGCGAGCAGCAGCGCCGCGGAUGAUCUCCGCCCAGUCGCCAACACGCUCUUCGUCAAGCACCGAUCCAACUCGAGCGCUCUCCAGUACAACCAGGUGUCGGCGUUCCCUCCCUCGAUCAUCCUCGCCAGCAACAAUCUCUCUGGAGUGAUCCCACUGGAGUUUGGCAAGCUGAGGAAGCUGGUGUCGCUGGAUCUCAGCAACAACAAGCUGGUUGGAUCGAUCCCGGCGUGCCUGGCCAACGCGUCGGACCUGGAAUCGCUGGAUCUCUCCUCGAAUGGGCUCUCGGGCAGCAUCCCGCCAUCGCUGGUGAAGCUCACGUUCCUCGCGGCGUUCAAUGUGAGCUUCAAUCGGCUGUCUGGGGCGAUCCCUUCCGGGAACCAGUUCGCGAGCUUCUCCAAUUCCUCCUACAUCGCGAAUUCCAGGCUCUGUGGCGCGCCACUCUCGAUCCAGUGCCCGGCGGCGGCGAUGGAGGCGACCUCCAGCUCCUCGCGGGGCGGCGGCGGCGAUCAAAGAGGUCCCAUGAAUCGCGGCGCGAUAAUGGGGAUCACCAUCAGUAUCAGCCUGGGUCUCACGGCGCUGUUCGCCGCGAUGCUCAUGCUGUCCUUCUCGCGCGCGCGGGCGGGGCACCGGCAGGACAUUGCGGGGCGGAAUUUCAAGGAGAUGAGCGUCGCCCAGAUGAUGGAUCUGACGGUCACCAUGUUCGGGCAGCGCUACCGUCGGAUCACCGUGGGCGACCUCAUCAAGGCCACAAACAACUUCGACGCGACCAACAUCAUCGGCUGUGGUGGCUUUGGGCUGGUCUUCAAGGCCAACCUUCCGGACGGGAAUGUGGUGGCGAUCAAGCGGCUCACGAGCGAGGAUGGAGGGCCACAGAUGGAGAAAGAAUUCGACGCGGAAUUGUCCACCCUGGGGAACAUUACGCACCCCAACCUUGUCUCCCUGGAGGGCUACUGCCGGCUGGGAAUGCGUGACCGGCUACUGGUCUAUUCCUACAUGGAAAACGGCAGCCUCGACUACUGGCUCCACGAGCGAUCCGACGGCGGGAGCCGGCUCACGUGGCGGCAUCGCCUGGCCAUUCUGCGCGAAACGGCCAGGGGAUUGGAGUACCUCCACCGUGGAUGCAACCCACACAUUGUCCACCGGGACAUCAAGUCGAGCAACAUACUCCUGGACGGCGAUCUGCGCGCACACGUGGCGGAUUUCGGGCUGGCGAGGCUCAUGCUGCCGUCGGAUACGCACGUGACCACGGAGCUGGUCGGGACGCUGGGGUAUAUACCCCCGGAAUAUGCGCAGUCGUCCGAGGCGUCACUGCGCGGGGACGUGUAUAGCUUUGGGGUGUUGGUGCUCGAGGUGUUGAGCCGGAGGAGGCCGGUGGACGCUUGCCGGAGGGGUGGGAUUCGCGAUCUUGUGCCGUGGGUGGAAGGGAUGCAAGCUACCGGGAGGGGGAUCGAGAUUGUGGAUCCACUGCUGCUCCAGAAUUACUCCGAGGUGGAUGCCUUGGAGGAGAUGCUGCGGGUGUUGGAUGUGGCUUGCUACUGCGUGGAUUCUUGCCCCCAGAGGAGGCCUGGGAUUGAGGAGGUUGUGGCAUGGUUGGAUGCCGUGGGAUCGAGCAGGCUCAAGGUGGGAUUGGGCAAACCUUAGAGCGGGUUUCUUUGCUUUCGUGACUACAAAUGCCCAUGUCCGGUGUGUGACUAUGAUUCUUACAGCAAAUGCCCAGGCAGGGCAUUACAGGGAAUAUAAAGAAUACUGGCGCAAGAACUGCGUGACUACUCAAGCAAUGGCGGAUUUGCAGCUCUAAACUUUUGAUGGGACGUGACACUCACCAAGUUAAGCUGAGAAAGUUUGAGCAAAUAGCGAGCGACUUGUUCUUUGAUAUGGCUGGAAGAAAUAAACUGCGAGUAUACUGGCGUAUGUUGCACAAAACAUUUAUCCAAGAAUCAUCACUUGAUGCA